AUGGGAAACCUUUGUGUAAUUUACUUGACCCGACCGACGACUUCUUCCACCAUCACCAUGUCUGUCUCUUGUGUGCGCCCACCAAUGGGCGCCAUGAGGCAAACUGUAUCCCGAGAUGUAGCAGCUGUCAUAAAUUGUCGCUCACGCAGCUUUCACGUUUCCGCUCGGAGACUUGAUGACCAGUCUGUAUCUGGUUCACAAGCCUCAUCAAACGGACCUUCUCCUCGUCGAGUUCGCGACGCCAACGCAGCGAGCGCAAUCGAUUCCCUCCAACGCCAACGCGCACCCCCCAGAACUCCUGGCACUGGUCCACCAAGCUCUGCGGCUUCCAAUGGCAAAAUUCUCACCCUACGGAAACCGCUCAUCUCCCGUCUACCCGGCGUUGGCGCCCCCCGAACCGCAGGAGGGGACAAGACCAACGGAAAUCGAGCUCCGGGUCCCCUAGUCCGCGCGCCAUCUCAACUCCGCAUCACACGCACCACAGGCACCACGGGCAAUUCCCCAGGUGGAGGUCCUGGUGGACGCAGGACUCGUCCCCGGGGUUCUGGAGGAGACAAGAGUGAACCGUCGGCCCGGAAACGUAAACCAGCAUCUGCGGAGACUCCCACUGAAGCUGGUCAAGACAAGUCAAUCGAAAGUUUUGUAUCAGACGGUCUGCUGCAACAACUUUUACGGCUACAAAAUAAAGAAUGGGAGAAGAGACCUUAUGAGCCAAAGUAUGCGAAGGAUAGUUUUGCGGCGAAUGAGUUGAUUCAUGCGGGCAGAGAACUUUUUAGAGGGGACGCGCCAGAUGUGAAAAUUUGGGGUCGCUUAGAAAAGAAAAUUGGGGUCGUGGGCAUGCAUGGUGCUGAGGCCGCCUUGGAGGUACGAAGGGUAGUGGACGAAAAUGAUACAAUGUUGGAUGAAUACGACCUGCCAGGGGAAGUCCUCCCCUUGAAGGAGAGUAGUGGCGCAGGAAAAAAGAGCACUACAGCCGAGAAGAAAAGUACUACGACCAAGAAGAGCAGGACUGUUGAGGCCAUGAACUAAGAAGCUCGCACGUUG